GAGACCGGCUUUGUUGAAAUGAAGCGAAGACUGAACUAAAAUAAACAGAAAGGUGCUUACCGAAGUCCCACGUUCUUGCGGAGUAAUCCGUUGUAGUGCUUGUUUUACAACUCCUUGUACAGUUGUAGCACACCGGGAGGGCCAUGCGGAGCCCGUGGCUGGAUUCGCAACGAACUUACUUGAAGCGACGGGGCAUCAGCUUAUAGCUAAGUAGUGAGCUAGAUCGAGCAAACUACCCAUUUAUAGUCCUGACAUUGCAAAUAAUCAUUCAGUAUGACGAUGGUACGAAAGAGGACUAGAUCUAGAGGUGAUUACGAAAGUGACGAAGCUUUGAACGAGACGGACGAAGCAGACAUGGCUCGUGGAAAACGCCAACAUAGUCGGCAGCAAGAAGAUUCCAAGAAGUCAACCAACGAUGGGCCAGCUCCAAAGAGGAGACGUCAUGUUGACGAGACCAACGAAGAAGAUCCUUUCAUGUAUGGCCCUCGGCGAUCUACCAGGAAAAUUUUAUUGGAAACUCAACGAGAAUAUGAAAAAUCUCAGGGUGAAGGAGGUUCAGCAUUAUUCGACGCAGAGCUGGACAGUGGUGGUGAUGAUGAUUUUCUUGGGCAACCGCAAUACUGUCAGGCUAGGCGCAGUUCUCAUCCGUCUCACUCUCUAGCUAGCCGUGGUUCACGGCAUAACGAACACUACGGGUCACCGGCAUCUUCCCGGCAGCUCAGACACUCCCGUUCAUCUCGUCGCCAUAACAAACAUGUUGAACUUGAAGAUCCAGAAGGGGAUGAUGAAGACGAGGAGGUUGAGGAGUGUGUACGGCGCAGUCAGCGACAACGGCACACUCAUUUUGAUUCUCUCAACAUGUCAGUUAUUAGCCGAGAAUCGGUCAAGGCUGAUCACUGCGACGAUUUGGACAAGAGGGAGUGCAGCCGUAGACCCCGAGUCAAGCAUGAAGAGGAGAAUGAUGGUGAAGAUGGCGAAGAAGAGGAGGAGGGAGAAGGAGAAGAGGAGGAGGAGGAAGAAGAGGACAACGAGAGUUCAGAGAUGGAACUGGUGGAAGUAGAAGUAAGGAGACCAGGUCUGCGGCCACGGACUAUCAAAGUGCCACGCCACAGUCAUGGACAUGGCGAGCAGGAAGAGAUGGAAGAAGACGGCGAAGCAGAAGAGGAGGAGGAAGAGGGAGAAGGCGAAGAGGAUCUGCCACCUCAGCGCUCCUACUUUCUGCGUAAGAAGAAGCCUACUGUUGACCGGUAUCAAGCCCCUCCGCCUGUUGUGCACAUGAAGCGUGGUCACCGUGAGCCGCGCUUCGGUCAUAAUUCUCCUGCUCGGCAUCGGCGACAUUACUCGAGUGGCAGCCUAUCCAUCAGGUCACCAGCUAAGAAAUUGUCUAGCUCAAGGCGACACCAGCGCGCUCAUAACAACAGCUCUAGCACCAGCACCUCUGGCAGCAGCAGUGGUGAUGAGGGCAAGUUUGAACGACGAAAGUCGCGAAGUAUGAGAAAGGCACGCGACCGCUGUUUGCCGAUGAACUUCAGCGAACAGGAUUUGCACACCCAUACUGUUACGCGUGACCGCAUGCGCAUUGGCGCUAGUCUGGCUGACAUUGACCCAAUGAGCAUUGACCGGUCGGUGUCGUUUGAGUCUGUCGGCGGUCUCGGUGAUCAAGUCAGCGCCCUCAAGGAGAUGGUUGUCUUUCCCCUGCUCUAUCCGGAGGUCUUCAAUCAGUUUGGUAUUCAGCCACCGCGAGGUGUGUUGUUUCAUGGCCCGCCUGGCACCGGCAAGACUCUUGUUGCACGUGCUCUGGCCAAUGAAUGUGGCACCUUAGCCAGCGGUCAGCAACGUGUUGCUUUCUUCAUGCGAAAGGGUGCCGACUGCUUAAGCAAAUGGGUGGGAGAAUCAGAGCGUCAGCUACGUCUACUUUUUGACCAGGCAUACAACAUGCGUCCGUCCAUCAUCUUUUUUGAUGAAAUCGAUGGUCUGGCGCCGGUGCGGAGUACACGUCAAGACCAAAUCCAUUCAUCUAUUGUCAGCACACUGCUGGCCCUGAUGGAUGGCUUGGAUAGUCGCGGUGAGGUGGUCAUCAUUGGUGCCACCAAUCGAAUUGACUCCAUCGAUCCUGCGUUGAGAAGACCCGGGCGGUUUGAUCGCGAAUUCCGUUUCCCCCUGCCUGAUCGAGAGUCACGCCGUCACAUUCUCAAAAUCCACACCAAGGCAUGGGACCCGCCGCUGUCGGAUGAGUUUGUCUCCGCCCUUGCUGAUCGUACUGUUGGUUACUGCGGUGCUGAUGUCAAGGCUCUCUGCUCGGAGGUAGCACUGUGUGCUUUGCGCCGCACCUAUCCUCAAAUUUACUCUGCCCGUGACAAGUUGCUGUUGGACAUGUCAAAGAUCAAAAUAGGGCCAGGUGACUUUGCGUCAGCACUGCACGUUGUGGUGCCUACUACUGUCCGCUCGCACGCCAGCCCAUCAUGGCCACUCAAAGCACAUGUUGCACCUCUUCUGGAUGCCGCUCUCGUACAGGCGAAGCGACUUGCCGAGCAGGUGUUCCCCUCGUGUAAAGAGGCACCAUCAGUCAAUGGCCAGCGUAUCGGCGGUCCUGUGCGCUUGGACUCUGCUUUCAGUUCACUGUCUGGUAUUCCGAUGCACAGAGACAGCAAUGGCAUGUGUAGCAGUAGUGCAGGUGCUGCGUCAUCUGCCAGUGCUGUGACCCACUGUUUGCCGGCGUUUUCCUUGCCACACCGACCGCGGCUGCUGCUGUAUGGACCAGCUGGCAGUGGGGUGUGCGAUCACAUUGCGCCGGCGCUUCUGCAUUCUCUAGAGCGUUUGCCAAUGCACACUCUGGACAUGUCCACGCUCUACUCGGUCACUGCGCAUAGUCCAGAGGAGGCUUGUGCUCAGUUGAUACGAGAGGCAGCUCGCACAGCACCGUGUGUUCUCUAUCUCCCUCGUCUCCACUUGUGGUGGUCAUCGCUGUCUGCCACCGUAUUGGCAGCAAUCCAAGCACAGCUGAGUAACAUUCCACCGUCAACGCCACUCUUUGUGCUUGGUACCGUUGAGAAAGAGAUUGAUGAUGCACUUGACUGCAGUAUUGUGGAGCUCUUCUCGAACUCAUCCACUACCCUACGUAACAGUUGCGCUAUGGCCAUAGGACGGCAAAAUGGCACUGCACACACUCCAUUCUUGGUUGCGCCCGACCAACGUUCAGCAAGGCUGGUUUCGUGUCCAUCGUCGGAUGAGCGGCAUGUGUUCUUCAAACCCAUGUUGGUGUCAUGGCUGGCAACACCAUUGCCUUCAUCUGUUGUGUCCAGCAAAGGUGAAGCCACACCGCCCACCCUGCCGGUUGCACCUGCUCCUGAGCCUCGCCAACUCUCAGCCGCGGAGCAAAAACAACUUUUGGAGGACGAAGAGACGCACUUGCGUGAGCUGCGUAUCUUCCUACGUGACUGCACGACCAAGCUCGUGAUGGAGCGCAAGUUUAAGGCCUUCUGCAAACCCGUCGAUUUGGAAGAGGCUCCUGAUUAUCUGGAAAUUAUCAAAGAUCCCAUCGACCUAGAACAGGUGAUGCAGAGCAUUGAUGCACACAAGUAUACAUCUGGUGGAGCGUGGCUGAAUGACAUCGAGUUGAUUGCUUCCAAUUGCAUUGAAUACAACCCACGAACAAAUCCCAGAGGCAAGGCCUUGCGUCAUCGCGCGUUCACUUUGAGAGACGUAGCAUCAUCUCUCAUCGAUCUGGAAAUGAAGAAAGAAUUUGAAGAACGGUGCUUGGAGAUUGAAGGCUCGCGUCGAAAGCGCGGCUAUGUGUCGAAGCACCCAGGCAUGUCCAGCCGCUCCGAUGCUAACCAAGACGCACCACCGCAAAGUAACGGCUCUGGCAAGGAGUCUCAGCAUUCUGUGCGUCGCAGCUUGCGUGUGCAUGGCAUUCAACCCGAUGAUCCGGUGGAAAUUGUGAAGAUCUGGAGCACGCCGACGAAGGACACACCCUCACCGAUGGGGAAUGGCUUUGACAAUCCCUCUCCUAGGUGCUGUAGUGGUGAGGACUUUGCACGGCCUGAUAGCAGGUUGAGCGACUCCAAUGUUCCUCUAUCAAGUGUCCAUGCUUCGUCAGACAGUGACUCUUCGUGUGCUUUGCCUAGCCCGUCGCCAUCGCUGCCCAAUGACAGUAGUAGGCGUACAGAUCACCACCGGCCUCCAGCUGCAAGUCCUAGUGCAUGUUUGAGUGUACCAGACAUUGCAGACACCGCCGCUGAUUCGGGCCUGGGAGGUGAGACCGGCCGACCGGCAUCCUGUGACAAGCAAGCAUCUACUUCGUCACAGGGCAUGAAUGAUAGUGGGGGUGUCAUGGAUAUCACCUCUCCGCGUGAUAGUAGUAGUCCGUUGAGUGCUUCACCGAGUCAACCGUCAUGCAACCAAGAGACUUCGGAUGUGGACAGACGGGUCAGUCGGCGCCUUGCCUUCUCCGUGAGCCGUUCCUCUUCCGCUAGUGCUACCUCUACUAAAGCAGCUUCUACCGGUGCAAUAUCUCCCUCUGGUGAUUUAUGUGAGCAGCAACGUAGGUCGACAUCACCAGCUAACGCUAACAGUGUUGAUGCAAUGUCAGCUUCCGAGCAUGCUGACCCAGUGCCCAUUGCGGAAUGUCUUGUCAGUACUGAGGUCGUUGAUCAUGUACUGUCUGAUUUGGUCACGUCAACAAAUGGCUUUUCUGUCAGCCAGCUAGAAACCGUCCAUGCUUCUUUGUCGCAACUUGUCCAAGACGUUGUUAGGCAGCAGCCACGACCAGCUGCUACUAGUGUCGAGGAGACUCUGUCCGGCUUCUGUCAGUCAUUGCAUUUGGCUAUUAAUGGAGUUGCAGCUGGCCCUGCCGACAUGAUGUAAUGGUCUGUAGCUGCCAUCUUUCGUUCCACGAACCACCACCAUCACAUAAUUAUAAUACAUACAGACUAGGUUCACUAGAUGAGCCUGUCAACAACACACAUGAAAUAGCCGCUGUACAGCGCUGUUAUCCGCUGGACAAAUCCGGAUUAGAAGGUUGCAUUGUCCGAGAUACAAGUCUUCCAUUGUUGUUAGGAAAUUUCUCUUUUAUCAUGCAAUUCACUGACUAUUGACACACUCAAACUUACUCAAAUUCAUGCAUCCUCAUGUAACUCAUGCUGAAAAUAGAUAGAUAGUAGAUAGUAUAAAUUUCUUUUGGCGUUGGAAUUUGCUGUUAGGUAGAUCACAGCCAUAAUGAAGUCAUCAGCUUGCGUGGUGGUAGAGCUACAGCAAGAGCAAAGCUAUUGGCAUAUUAAUAUUCACAGGGCAGCUGUACUGCUACACCAAACAGCGUGCAUACAUACAACUGGCAACGUCCUAUUUAAUUUUACAAGAAAGAAUGGAAUGGUUUUAUCGUGUUCUUCAUGUAUUCCACCCAUGUCCGUGUUCCUUUUGACAGUUCUUCUUUGCUCAGUCUUUCUCUCUAUCACUGAAGUUGUGUUCAUUUCUUCGCUUAUAGUUGAAAACGUGUUGCUUUCUUCGA